UGAGAACAGCUGUGCAUAUCGUCGCCUGCUCGCAAUUUCAGACAUGGUAUCAGCCAAUGCUUCCAGUUGGCAUCAACUCGCAUCGUCAGAUCAGCAUUUGUUGUUUUCUUGAGCCUAUCAUCACCAUCGCAUUGAGGGCCUAGUUGGAACAAACUUUUCACCCGCAUCAUUGUUGUGGGUUUGUCCGCGGCCGUCUCUGUGACGAUGAGGCAGGAUGUCGAAGGGUUUGUGUGUCAUUUCCGCACCCGUGUGUGAAGAAGUCAAACUUCCACUCUCCAUGUGUACGUUCCAGCGAUGAUUCGAGGUUUGAGAGAGCGCGUCGUGUGUUUGAUUCUGGGACGGUGGUGUGUUGGAGCAACAACCACCCUUGGCGCUUAGGUUUAGAGUUAACCUUUCCGAUUUUUUUUUAUUUAACUUGUGUUUCACGGCCAUGUAGCUGAGGUACUCUCCCCGUGCCCGCGCUCCUCUCUUCGAACCGCCCCCCAUCCCCUCUCGUUAAUGCAGGAGUUGUACGAGGUAUACGUGAAAGAGCGGAAGAAUUCCGUGGCCGUGGAGCUCUCGUACCCCAGUGAAAGAUACCAGAUCUCAAGACCGCGCGGGCAAGUCCUGUACUACAUCGCCGGAGUUGUUUAUGUCGUGGAGAGGGGCAUCUUCCAUUUUCUGGAAAACCCUAUCUUCCUUGCUGCUUGCCUCGGGGAGUUGCCAGCCGAGAUUUUCAAAGUCGUAAGCGAGUCGGAGGUCGUAAAGGAAAUGUGGGGAAACUGCUGUCCACCUGGUCCUCCCGCCAUCGACCCUAGUGUAUCCCAGGAGAUGUUUCUUUUCGAAGUCGGGAAGAUCCUUGACGUGCGAAUGGGUGACUACGCGAAGAGUGUACCGGAGAAUACUUCCCUCAAGUUCACGAAGGCCGCGCUUGGUUUACGGCAACAGCUAAACGCACAGGUCAACACAAAGGGACGGGCGGGUGGAGGGGCCGGUAGUGGCGCAGUAGAGGGAGGUGCACAGGGGGACGGGGCCGCUGGAGGGGGUAAGGGGGACCUUGCUUAGCGCCGAAAGGGGGGGCGCGCGCCAAGGCAAGCCCCGCCCACCCUCGACCAGCUGAAGGGGAUGUCCAGGGCAGAUAUUAGGGACAGAUGCACUACAAUGCAACUUGUGCUCACGAAAGCCGCAGAGAUUCCGAAGGGCACUGUAAACUCAAGAAAAGAGGAUCUCCUGGAGACGUUUGUGUGUGGGUUCAGGCAGGAACCGGUUGGAGGGGCAGGCCCCAACGUGACGGGGACUGGGCUAGCCGGAGGAGGAUGCGGGGGGCGUGGUUGUGAGAACGCGGGUGAGGGCAACACCUUGACAGGUAGUGGGGAGAUGGCCUCUGCCGGUGGUGAUUUGACGACGGAAGAAGUUCCUACGCAGGACCGGAUGGACCACGACGUUUACCUUUCCCGACCGAUUACAAUGGAUUUCUCACUGUCUGUUUUGGAGGGGGCGGGUGUGUCUUGCGGGAGUGGUUCUUGAUCAAGUUUCCAAGACAGAAGGUGAAGGUUGGGCUUGGGUGGCGCCGGCUUUCGUUUUCUCACACUGUACUUCAAUUGAUCAUAACUGCCAUCUGAUUUGUGUGCGUGUCGAACUUGGCGUUCCCUCACGGUUUCCCUCUGCUCACCACAACGCCCGCCGGUGCGUUACACAUCUCAACCGCUCCUCUUCCUCCCUCUCCCCCUCCGCGUUCCCCCCCCCCUCCUUCUCCCCUUCCACAUCGCUUUCCUUCUCCUCUUCCACGUGAAAAGCGCUUUGGGCCUCCGCGCCCUGCCGCUCCGUCUUGCACCGGCAGACCCAUCCCCCCACGUAGGCGACCACGUGGCGAAGUAGUCCGCGAGCUCCUUGUUCCCAGCCCCGAUGUGGUCAAAGUACUCUUCAAAGAAUUUCACCACACCAGCCGCCCCUGCGAUGAGAUCGCUACGUUGCUCGGACAUCCUCAUGGCGUUCUUCGCCACACCGCCGAUCCCGUCGUGGCAGCCUUUGAAGUGAGAGGUGGCCGCAAAAUGGUGUUCGACGAUAAAGCCAAGCUGCCGCACACUGUCAGCCAGAAAACGGAAGUUGCGCCUCCCCUUGUACUGCUUGGCGCACCCGUCCGUGAACAUGUGCAUGCGGGGGAUCCGUUGGGCUUCCCGAGCGGCGGCAGUUGCAUCACUUCCGGGCCCAUCCAAGUAGUAGUCGGCAAUCUGAGUUAGCGCGUGGCGGUGAAAGUCGAAGUCGUGUGCAGGGUCCUCCGAAGCAAAAAUCCAUGUCUCGGUCUGGUGAACCCUUCCGCCGCCCUCCCACAGCUGCGGACUGAAGUGUACAAUAGCCACCAUGAGCGUGGUUUGGGGAUGCCGCGCGCAGAACCACCCCCACAGCAAGGCUAUCACCACAUUACACUCACAACCGCUGAAAAACAAUCAUGGAAAACGAUGGAGGUCAACGUACUCAUGAGAAGGCUGGCCCGGUUCAGUUGCCGGGUGUUCAUGGCAACAUGAGUCCUCCGGCGAGGGCCGCUCCCCUCGCCAGAGUUUCGGUGAACACACAGCACGAAGGCCAAGGACCUCCUCCUCCUGCUACCGCUGCCCCGCGGUUAAGUGAUACGCGUCGCAGUCAUCAACGGAGUCGAUCGUCCGCGACAUCGAUGACCCGGAGCAUGGUCCACAGGACGCACGCGCAGCAGCUCCUCACGCUCCCACGCCGCUUGAAGCAUCCCUAACUCCAUCACCUCCGUCUCCGCCUGUGCAGCACUCCUAAGAUCUAGACUAUGCCGCUCGCAGCAUGUGUCACUCAAGAGCAUGUUGAACGGUAUGCUGCGGUCCAAAUGGCGCAAAUGCACCAUAUCGGCAGCAUGCAUUGCACCGGUUCUGGCGUGCAGUGACGACUGUCAACUGUCUUGCGGUACUGUAGCUGGCUCGCCAUGGUAGUGUGUAUCACGGCCGAGGUGUGGGUGCAUAGCUAGCCUCACGGGCUGGUGCGGCAUGUGUCUGGACAACGUCGGGAGUAUGUCGGGGAGUACAGGCCAACCAGA